UAACGGUACCAAUGUUCAGGGCUCUGCCAUACAUGGUUAUCGGAUGAAAAGGAACAGCAGAAAGUUUACAUGAAACUAUCAGAAUGAAUGGGACAGCUUAUUCCAACUUUGACAAUCAAGAACAUGUCCUGAAAUUGGGAGAGACGUUUGAGAAACACCCUAGAAGUGCCUACCACACAGUGCGAUAUGACUUCAAACCAGCCUCCAUUGAUACAACGUGUGAAGGAGAGCUUGAAGUGGGCAAAGGAGAGCAAGUCACUAUUACUUUACCCAACUUAGAGGGCUCAAGCGCUCCAGUAACAGUCUUCAAGGGAUCCAAGAGGCCGUACAUGAAAGAGUGCAUCCUCAUUGUGAACCAUGACACAGGAGAGUACCGACUGGAAAAACUCAACAGCAAUAUAGCUGUGAAGAAGACCAGGGCUGAAGGCAGCAGUAAGAUCCAUUCUCGCCUGGAACAACAGACCAGUCGCCUCAGCCAGCAGAUAAAGAGUAACAACGGCAGCAGCAGUAACAAGACCUCAGCCAGCUCCAAGAGUUCCCCUCCCAAAGAGAAGACAUCCCCGGCCCCGGCAUCCCCCAUGGAUGACAUCGAGAGAGAGUUGAUGGCAGAGGCGCGGGUCAUGGACCAGCUGAGCAGCGGCGACAGCUCCUCAGACUCCAACAGCUCCUCGUCCUCUAGCAGUGAUGACAGCUCCAGCAGCAGUGACUCCGAGGACGAACGGACUGCUGCGCCACCCUCCGCCCCGGCCAACCACAGCAUGCCUAUCAUCAACACCAGCACCAACACCACCACCACCAGUCGCCACCAGGAGAGUGGAGGAGGACUCAUGAACACACUCAAGAAUGACCUUCAGCUGAGUGAAUCAGGCAGUGAAAGUGACUGAACUGUCUGUCUGCGGACAUCAGGAGGAUUUUCAGUGAGGAGUAAAGGAACCGGGCACAGACCUGUUAGUGUCUUGCCUCCUUUAAUUUGGAACUGUCUUCUCUACAUAUCCACAGUUCUGCUAGCGAAUAUAAUUUGUUGCUUCUCUGCCAACAAACUUCAAAUUUUAUGUAACAUUUCUUGCUUCAUGAUCUUUUUUUUUUUUUUCUUCUAUUUUUUGAGUGUGAAGUCUGCAUGUUAAACAGAUGCCUUAGUUCAGAGAGACGUGGUGUGGUUGGUUAGAGAAGCAGUAAAUUUUGACAAACUAUCCAUAAUGUUUCAUCUCACUGGAUGCAGAUGUGUGGUUAAACUGACCAAGCAUAUCAGAGGAUCAGAGAGUGACAGUGGUCUUAGUGUAGUGUAGAUGGAUGCCCACCAGUCAGUCUUCUUCAAUCACCACUGGAGUUUCUGCAUAUGAGCUUAGCAAUAUUAGGAACUGUUGUUGUGCCUUAGGUCAGAUGUCAGUUAAUAGCUUCAGUUCUGCUGCAUUAGUUUCUGAUUGGAGACAUUAAUCUGUCAUAACAGAAAUUAGACUUUUUUUUUUAGGAUGAGCCACAGUGAUAUGAUGGAGCCUUCUGCUUUUGUCUCAUAGUUAUUAUAAAGUUAGCUGUAGAGGCUUUUUGCUGUGGAUUACUAAAACCCAGCUGCAGGAUAACAACAUAUUUUCAUUUAAAGCUGCAUUAAUUACAUUUACUUUGUGGGCACUUGGGGCAGCGGAACAAGCCGAAAACCUCACAUUGAUGUAUUUUCCCCUUAGAAAUGUGUUAUUGCAAAAGUCGUAGCAAACAGUUAAUUUACACACCGAGUCACAGAUAAACGCUAUCAUUCAUUUGUAGUUGUCUUUCUUGCAACCUGGAAAAUGCAAGUCCAAUAUUCGCUCUCCUUUUUAGCUCUGCUUUGGUCUUCACCAACCCCUGAGAAAUACUUACUGGUUCUUUAGGUGCCACAUAAUCCACUGUGUUCUCCAGGUAGUUGCUAACUUUUUCCGACUGCCAUGUGAUACUGAGUGGGCAGCACACAGUGGAUUUAUCAGUUUUCUGACAGAACAGGGUUGAUGAGUGUUGUUUGUAGACUAGAAAAACAAAACAAUGAGCUGAAAGACGCUAAAAUACUCUGUAGAGUGGAAGGACAACGUUGGGUAUAAUCAUCUGUAGCGCCAUGACUACAAGAGGCCCCUUUUACAUUGCAUUGUAUUCAUUAUUAAUGUUAAAAUAUUGAUGAUUGCAGCUUUAAGAAUUAAGAUGUCUCUAAAACCAUGUCGUGAUAUUUCAGUUAAGAAGUGGGUCUGAUUUCUGGCGAAGUAGUGCUCUAGAAUUCAGUCGACUCAGUUAGGGUCAUGCUUUUUAGCUUUAAACCUGCAAUACUUGAAUCAAAUUAAUUAUUUAUAUUUCAAAAUAUACUCGACCAACAGUGAAUUGCUUAAUAUAUUUUAUAUAUAUUUUAAUAGCCAAGCAAUUGGAAGUGCAAGUUAGUAUGAACUGUAUUGCGUAACAAGCCAGAUGCUUUGAUACUGCACCUCAAUGUGAGUCUUACAAAACUGUGUGUGCCUUUUUGAAAUUUGCCUCAGCCAGUUAUAACGUAGGCCAUCUUCUUGUUUUGUCACAAGUCCCAUAUCACUGCUGAGCUGUCUCAGCAUACAGGAAGCUGCUGUUUGUGUUCCAGCAUUUCUUUGGCAUCCCAGCUGACUGCGACCGUGAGAGACUGAGAUGAAGAUGUUUUUGAAUUUGAGAAGUCAGUAAUAAGUUUAGCCUUAAGGAGAGCGGUGGCCUCGGGGCAUCAUUUGUAAACUAUUUGAGAGAAAUUUCUUUGUAGAAAAAUAAAGAUUUUAACAGUU